GCUUUUAUUUACUUUGACUUCGUUUAAAAAUGGAGCUUUGAAGCUGACUGAUUCUGACCACGAAUGGCACGUUUGCACGAUUUGCCUCCGAAUUGGGUGUUUGCUGCAAUUUGGGCGAACUUAUGUGGCCACCGCCGGGGCAAUCGGUGAAUCCUUCGAAAUAAGAGCACAGUAUUAUGCGCGCCUUUUGGUCCCGUUUUAGUUGCCUUAGCUUCAGCUUCUCGACAACAGCAGCCCGAACCGACAAGCGGGCGGUAGAAGCUCUUCGGAACCAGCGUGCUGGCGAGAUUACGUGCUGGGAAGUGGACUCUGUGCCACACGAAGCAGACGGGGCUUUUCGCUUAAGGCGAGCUUCGGGACGGCUAUUAGCAUUAGCAUUGCUCGAAGGCCUACUCAGGAAACGGGAGGGAGCUUUUAUUUUCCAAAACUGCUUCUUAUUAGCCGACAGCUAGUGUUCCCCACUCGACUUCUAACCCCAACAGUUUGCUUAACUUGCCUUGACACUUCUUUGGCAGUUAUGAACUAAAAUAAAUGUUGUUUUAAAUAACCCUCAAUUAAAGACCCAUAACCACUGUUUGAAAUGCUCAGCGUGCCUCGAAACCUUACUUAUACACCCUCACAGUAGCUUGAAACCUUACCUACCUGCCUUUGAAACUCCCUCGUUGUCUUAAAACCAUACUUUUAAACCCCAACCCUAGUCUCACCUUGGGUCAGUCUUGAAAUCCGACUUUCAGUCUUUAAAACUGUCGCUCAGCUUUCAAGCUUUUCUUCGAAACGCAAAUCCUGAUCUAAAGUUCCAUCACCGGACUGAAACUUUACAAAGAAACCGAAGUCUGGUGGUGUGAACACUCACGCUGGACUUGACUUUGAAACCUAAACCGAGCACACACAAGUGACAUUAACAGAGGACUCAACUUCUCAGCAUCACUGGGAAACUGCUGAAACGAUGGCUCUCAGCGCCAAUCAUGGCAAGCUGCUCCUGCAGCGCCUGCAUCAGCAGCGGGAAAUGGACUUCCUGUGCGACGUCACCAUUAUGGUGAGAGACGUGGAGUUCCGGGCUCACCGAAACAUCCUCGCGGCGUUCAGCAAGUACUUCUCCUCCCAGGCUGAGAAGGAACAGGCCAUCACCACUUUGGACCCUGACAAAGUCAGCCGCUAUGCCCUGGAGAAGCUGCUGGAGUUUGUCUACACGGGACAAAUGAACCUCAGCAGCACCAGACAAUCUGCUGUACGCCGAGCCGCCAUCUUCCUGGGAAUGUCCGACGCUACAAAGUAUCUGGAAGGAAUUUCUCACUCGUCCGAGGCCGGCGAGGCGUCCCACUCAGAGUUGGACAAAGAGGCGGGCCUCUCUUCGCUCAGUCCGGGCUCUCCGGGGAGUCCUGACUCUCCGGUCUCUCUGGCCAUCGUCUCGGUGGCGGGUGGGUGGAUGGAUGAGGGUCAGAAAGGCCGGGUUGCUGAGGAAGGCCAGGGAGGCAAGGAAGGCCAGGUAAGCGAGGAAGGCAAGGGAGCCGAGGGAGGCGAGGAAGGCCAGGGAGGCGAGGAAGGCCAGGGAGGUGAGGAAGACCAGGAGGACCAGGGAGGUCAGGAAGGCCGAGAAAAUCAAGAAGGCCGAGAAAAUCCGGAAGGCCAGGAAAGUCAGGGGAGCAAAGCCGCUUGUUUGGAUGAAGAAGGAGGAAUUCAGAGUAGCAGUCCGGCAGAGGAGAGCAACCCGGCCGACAAUACCCCGAAACCCGCAGCCCACAGGGGGAGAGGCCGUGGCCGUGGCAGGGGCAGGGGGAGGGGCAGAGGAAGAGGAGGAACAAGCCAGGUCAAGACCGAAGAAGACUUCCUUGAGGAUUCCGACACGAGCGUGAAGGAUUUUGGCGACACGUCGGCCGACUGGAGCCCCUCGCUGGACGAACCGCCUGCCAAGAGGCAGCGCGUCGGGGAGGUGCGGCGCGGACGCAGCCGGGGUCGCGGGCGGGGUCGGGGGAGGGGCCGCGGCCGGAGCAAAACGGACGGCGAGGACGACGACAGCGGCGCGGAGGCGGCGGAGGACGCGGAGCAGAACGCCUCCAACGCCUCGGAAGAGACGACGCGGUCCUGCAUCGAGUGCAACAGAACGUUCAAAGACUUGUGCAGCCUGCGGAGGCACGAGCAGAUCCACGCGGGCCUCAAGCCCUUCAUCUGCAUCUUCUGCUCCAAAACCUUCCGACAGGCUACGCAGCUCAAAACUCACCUGCGUACGCACACGGGCGAGAAGCCCUUUAGCUGCAACGACUGCGACAAGUGUUUUGCUCAGAAGUGUCAGCUGGUGGCCCACCGCCGCAUGCACCACGGCGAGGAGAAGCCGUACACGUGCGACCGCUGCGGCUUCAAGUUCGCCACCUCGUCCAACUACAAGAUCCACGUCAGGCUGCACAGCGGCGAAAAGCCGUACGUGUGCGACGUAUGCGGCCAGGCCUUCGCCCAGUCCAGCACGCUGACCUACCACAAGCGGCGGCACACGGGCGAGAAGCCGUACCAGUGCGACCUGUGCGGCAUGUCCUUCUCCGUCUCGUCCUCGCUCAUCGCGCACGCGCGCAAGCACACAGGCGAGACGCCGUACAAGUGCUCCCAGCCGCAGUGCGAGAGCAGCUUCGUCACGUCGUCGGAACUGAAGAAGCACAUGCGGCGACUUCACCCCGACGGCACCAACGGCGUGCAGUGCCUGCUUUGCGGCAAUCGCUUCGCUAGCGUGAAGAACAUGAUCAAACACCAGGAGAAGGCGCACGCCGACGAAGUGCGACAACACAAGGAGAGAGCGCGGGCAGUCGUCCUGCUGGCGUCCAGCCAUCCCAUCGCCUUCGUACAGAGCAAACUGAGCAAGGACGGCAAAAGUCUGAGCUCUAUCCCCGAAGCCGAGCCGAGCAACCCGGAACCGGCGACGCCGCCGGCCGGCGGCGCAGAAGGCGGCGGCCCGUCAGACGCCGCCUCUCUGAGCGACUCUCUGCGGGGGAUGAAGGCGGAGCCCAGCAACACGGCCAUCUCCCAACCCGAGCCGGAGGGCUUUGAAGCCGACCCCGUGUCCACCAUCAACUCGGAAACGCUGCACGCGCUGGUGGAGCAGUUGAGGCCGCCGCCUUCGCCGGCGCAGAACCUGGAGCAGAUCGUCAUCAUCCGCACGGUGGACAACAUGGAACACAACGCGCCGGCGCCGCCACAGUGACGCGCUUCGAGCGUUGGUUUCAUAUCCUUGAUGGACAUUUGAGGGUUCGUGUACUAGUACGCUCUUUGACUUUAUACUAGCCGUGCCGCGUUUGGCCGACGAGUACACAAUUAAAACUAGGAACUCUACACGGUCGUGCACGAGUAGCCGCUCCUUAGACACGGUUGGCGCCGAAUCAUACUUAGUGAGGACAAAACGUGGACUAGUACAGAGACCUUGAGCUGCAUAUGAAAUGAAAUCGUGUGCGCGUGGCCCAUUCCUUGUUGUGACAAACGUGAUCCUUUGAAAGAGAGAAAAGCGCUCGAGCGCAAACACGAGAUCUUAACGCGAAGUCAGGCCUCGCGCGUUGACGGCCGCGCCCCAGUCGGAACAUUCAAGACAUGUGACGUGAUCAUUUUUGUGCUUCUUCACCUCGUGCGCACGCCAAAUGUUUAUGGGUUGUUUGCUUUUGUUUUGUUUUUUUCCUACUUGGUUUGGAUGAACGUUUUGGCUUCUGUACAGAAAAUGCUCAUUAGACUUGUGACCGGAUAAAAACAUUACCAUGUAAUUAAAAAAUAGCGAUUCAACACAA